CCGAGGCCGCGGCCGUGGCGCUGGGCGGCGGCGGGACCGGGCCGGGUCCGCUCAUGGUGCCGCCACGACGCCAUCGCGGGGCAGGAAGGCCAGGUGUGCUGAGUUCUUCACCUCCUUUUAGACUGAGAUCCAGGUUUUCAGGCAUUGCUUUCGAAGAUCUCCGAAAGGCCCUUACAACAAGACUACAAAUGGUGUGUGUGUUUAUCAUGAACCGCAUGAACUCCCCGAACAGUGCCUUCACUCAGCGCCGGCGGAUGGCUCUGGGGAUUGUUAUUCUCCUGCUUGUUGAUGUGAUAUGGGUGGCCUCUUCUGAACUCACUUCGUAUGUUUUUACUCAGUACAACAAACCAUUCUUCAGUACCUUUGCAAAAACAUCUAUGUUUGUCCUGUACCUUCUGGGCUUUAUUAUUUGGAAGCCAUGGAGACAGCAGUGUACAAGAGGAUUUAGAGGCAAGCAUGCUGCAUUUUUUGCAGAUGCUGAAGGUUAUUUUGCUGCUUGCACAACAGAUACAACUAUAAACAGUUCUUUGAGUGAACCUCUGUAUGUUCCUGUGAAAUUUCAUGAUCUUCCAAGUGAAAAACCUGAGAGUACAAACAUUGAUACUGAAAAAACUCCCAAAAAGUCUCGUGUACGGUUCAGUAAUAUCAUGGAGAUCCGACAGCUUCCAUCAAGCCAUGCAUUAGAAGCGAAGUUGUCGCGCAUGUCAUAUCCUACUGUGAAAGAACAAGAGUCUAUAUUAAAAACUGUGGGGAAAUUGACUGCAACUCAAGUAGCAAAAAUUAGCUUUUUUUUUUGCUUUGUGUGGUUUUUGGCAAAUUUGUCUUAUCAAGAAGCACUUUCAGACACACAAGUUGCUAUAGUUAAUAUUUUGUCUUCAACUUCUGGACUGUUUACCUUAAUUCUUGCUGCAGUGUUUCCAAGUAACAGCGGUGAUAGGUUUACCCUUUCAAAAUUAUUAGCUGUAAUUUUAAGCAUUGGAGGUGUUGUGCUGGUAAACCUAUCAGGGUCUGAAAAAUCUGCUGGAAGAGAUACAAUAGGUUCUAUUUGGUCUCUUGUUGGAGCCAUGCUCUAUGCUGUCUAUAUAGUUAUGAUUAAGAGAAAAGUAGACAGAGAAGACAAGUUGGAUAUUCCAAUGUUCUUUGGUUUUGUAGGUUUAUUUAAUCUGCUGCUCUUGUGGCCUGGUUUCUUUUUACUUCAUUACACCGGAUUUGAGGACUUUGAGUUUCCAAAUAAAGUAGUAUUGAUGUGCAUUAUUAUUAAUGGCCUUAUUGGAACAGUUCUCUCAGAGUUCCUGUGGUUGUGGGGCUGCUUUCUUACCUCAUCAUUGAUAGGCACACUUGCACUAAGCCUUACAAUACCUCUGUCCAUUAUAGCUGACAUGUGUAUGCAAAAGGUGCAGUUUUCUUGGUUGUUUUUUGCAGGCGCUAUCCCAGUAUUUUUUUCAUUUUUUAUUGUAACUCUCCUAUGCCAUUAUAAUAAUUGGGAUCCCGUGAUGGUAGGAAUCAGAAGAAUUUUUGCUUUUAUAUGCAGAAAACAUCGAAUUCAGAGCUUGAUCAUGGAAUUAUACGGCGAAGAGACAAUCUCUGGCAAGUUUUUGUAGAAAAAUGUUUCAGUGCCUAGUCUGAAAAAUAACAGUUUCAGUUCUUUGAAACUCUAAAAUAUAUUUUCCUCAUAUCUGUUUUCUUCAUUUUCAUAAUGAAGUACUUUGCUAUGUAGCUGUGUACAUAUCAAAACAAUGAUAGGAAGUUCUAGUCCAUAGUCCAUCUACAGGACCAACCUGCCUUACGUGUCCCAAGAAAUUCAGCUGGUGAAAUCAAUUAAACUAAUCAAGGAAUAAAAUCCUAAUGUUAUUUUCAUGUUUAUUAGAUGCUGGACUGUGUUAUGAAAAUAUUUUCAAGUAAUCAUUUAUGUAGAUCAGUGUUUCUGACAGGAAAAAUGCUAAAAUAAGCUGGCUGUAAUAGGUACGGAUUAUUUUUUUGGUAUUGUAAAAUAUUGCAAAUUACACAGGAAAAAAUUGUCUAAUUUAUGCAACAAGUAUGUUCAUGCAAAUUUGAUGGAAAUUUAAAGAGAAUAAAUAUUUGAGAACAGAUCUGGUUCACUUACACUACAUAUACUGUAUUAUCUUUUAAUAGUAUUGGGUGCCUUGUAUUUUAAAUCUGUGACAAACCAUGACAAAUUUUUAAUGGGAAGUAUUAUUGUAAAAUGAAGAAUUACAUAUUUCUAAAGGUUGUAUUGUUGUAAAUUUAAUUGAUAAAGCUCUGUUUAAUUUAGAGUUUUGAAGAAAUAUUCUCUCUUCAAUUAAGACAUUUUCAUAAUGGAAUGAUUUAAAUUGAAGUGAUAAAAGAGUAUUAUUAAAAUAAAAUGUUUAUAUAUGUAUUUGUGUAUUAUAGAUGUAUCAAGUGA